UUUUAAAGUCUGCCAGUCAGAGGAGCAUUUAUCCCCAUUCUUUCAGCUGAGAAAAUCCUUUCCAUGUGGCCCACAAGUGUAAUGAAAAGAGAAGCCACUUUUGCCAGAGACUGAACUUGUCUGUCAGAAAAAUACAACUUACAGGACUUGUCAUGUCUCCAUUUCUGCGUAUUGGUUUAUCCAACUAUGACAGUGGCCCUUACCUGCCAUCCCAGGGGGAGGUGAUUAACCCUUACUGCGCUGUGAUGGUGAAGGAAGCUGUGGAGUCAGAGAAUGGCCAAGUUUACGUGCAGAAGAAGCCCACCAUGUACCCGCCCUGGAACAGCACUUUUGAUGCCCAUAUCAACAAUGGCAGGGUCAUGCACAUCGUUGUCAAGGACAAAAGUGCUGAAAUGGUUUCAGAGACCACAGUGGAACUCAAGGUGCUGGCAGAGAGGUGCAAAAAAAGCAAUGGGAAGACGGAGAUAUGGCUAGAACUGAAACCUCAAGGGAGAAUGCUGAUGAAUGCACGAUACUUCCUGGAAAUAAGUGAUGCAAAGGAUCUGUCUGACUGUGAGACUGAAGACUUCUUCUCCUUGCACCAGCGCAGGGGAGCUAUCAAACAGGCCAAAAUCCACAAUGUCAAGUGUCAUGAGUUCACAGCCACCUUCUUUCCACAACCUACCUUCUGCUCUGUCUGUCAUGAGUUUGUAUGGGGGCUGAAUAAACAAGGCUACCAAUGCAGACAGUGUAAUGCUGCCAUUCAUAAGAAGUGCAUCGACAAAGUAAUAGCCAAGUGUACAGGAUCAGCAAUCAAUAGCAGAGAAACAAUGUUCCACAAGGAGCGGUUCAAGAUCGACAUGCCUCACCGCUUCAAAGUCUACAACUACAAGAGCCCAACUUUCUGUGAGCACUGUGGCACGCUCCUCUGGGGCCUUGCACGGCAAGGACUGAAGUGUGACGAAUGUGGCAUGAACGUUCAUCACAAGUGUCAGACUAAAGUAGCAAACCUUUGUGGAGUUAACCAGAAACUAAUGGCUGAAGCUCUGGCAAUGAUUGAAAGCACCCAGCAGGCUCGCUGUCAGCGUGACACUGAACACAUCUCCAGGGAUGGACCUCUAGAAAUUGGCUUCCCAGUUCCUGUGAAGGAGGUAACUCCGCUUCAGGCAUUGCCAGCAUCUACAACAGGAAAAAAAGAGCCACAGGGCAUUUCCUGGGAGACUCCAGUGGAGGGCACGGUGAAGGAGGAACCUCUAAUAGAGUCAGACUUUGGAGAACAACCCCAGGAGCAGGAAGAACACCGAGUGCAGCUAAAACUAACCAUUGAAGAUUUUGUCCUGCACAAGAUGCUGGGGAAGGGCAGUUUUGGCAAGGUGUUCCUCGCUGAACUGAAGAACACUGACCAGUAUUUUGCUGUGAAAGCACUGAAGAAGGAUGUGGUGCUGAUGGAUGAUGAUGUUGAGUGUACAAUGGUGGAGAAGAGAGUCCUCUCCUUAGCCUGGGAGCACCCAUUCCUGACUCAUGUCUUCUGUACGUUCCAGACCAAGGAAAACCUCUUUUUUGUGAUGGAAUACCUCAAUGGAGGAGACCUCAUGUUCCAUAUCCAGAGUUGCCAUAAGUUCGACCUUCCCAGAGCAACGUUUUAUGCUGCUGAAAUCAUAUGUGGACUCCAGUUCCUCCAUUCCAAGGGCAUAAUAUACAGAGACUUGAAGUUAGACAACGUCCUCUUGGACAAUGAGGGGCACAUCAAAAUUGCUGACUUUGGGAUGUGCAAGGAGAACAUGUUUGGAGAUGCAAAGACAAGUACUUUCUGUGGAACUCCUGACUAUAUCGCUCCUGAGAUACUGCUGGGACAGAAGUACAACACCUCUGUUGACUGGUGGUCUUUUGGGGUCUUACUAUAUGAGAUGCUUAUUGGUCAAUCUCCUUUCCAUGGCCAAGAUGAAGAGGAGCUUUUCCAGUCUAUCCGUAUGGAUAACCCAUUCUACCCUCGCUGGCUUGACAAGGAUGCUAAGGACAUUUUGGUGAAGCUUUUUGUCAGAGAGCCUGAGAGGAGGCUGGGAGCAAGAGGGAACAUCCGCCAGCAUGCCUUUUUCCAGGAAAUCAACUGGGAAGCUUUAGAAGAGAGAAGGAUGGAGCCUCCUUUCAAACCAAGAGUGAAAUCUCCCAGUGACUGUAGCAACUUCGACAAGGAAUUCUUAAAUGAAAAACCAAGACUGUCCUGUGCUGACAGAGCCCUGAUUAACAGCAUGGACCAAAAUAUGUUCAGCAACUUCUCAUUUGUGAACCCUAAAAUGGAGAAAAUCUUUUCCUGAUAUCUGCCCUACUGAAUGUCUGAUGGGACUCUCUGUGAUGAAUUGAGUAACACUUUGUCAACUGAAGGCUAUGCAUGGUUAUUUCUAUCAAGAAUCCACCAGAAAAAAACACCUCAGUCAAAAUUUGUGCCAUGCCUGGAGGCUUCUGGUUUAUUCCAGUCUGUAGCAGAUGCCAAUCAGUCUUCCCUAAUGAUGAGAUGAAAUUUCUUCAUGGUGUCUUUUGGUCUCUCUUCUCUCUUUUCCCAAUGCUCUUGAAGCUAAUAGCAGCUGAGAAUAAGAAAGUGACAAAACCUUUUGGCCACUGCUUGUACACACAAUCGAUGGGUUUCUCUGUAAGAAAAAACAAGUCUGCUUGAGCUUCUGGUGAUGCAAUGCCCAUUUCUGCAAUUCUUACCUUGACCCACCUCCUUCUGAAACACAAGAAGUUUUCUCCAGGUCUUAAGGCAUCUAGGAAGACUUUGGUAACUUCUGCUUGUACAUGUGCAGAACUGUGCAUGUGUGCAUAGGAGUUUUGAAGAAGCAAUUUUAUUCCCUGCACACUUUAAAAGCAAUUCUCAUUGGUGUUAGGGUUCAAUUUUGCACCACCAGGACAAAGAGACUUCACAAGUGCUCAUUCCAGCAUUCAUACGUCUCAAUCAGAGGCCUGGAGCUAAUUACUGCUCCUUGAAGGAGGAUCAUUGCCAUGGCAAGUGUCAAGUUCGAUGUAGAAACCCAGUGGUUUACAUUUAGUACUAGAUCAGGAGGGUUGGGAAGCUGCAGUUCAGCAACUGUUCCAAACCUCUAACUGUCCUCAUACGUACCAGGCUCAGGGCAAAAUCUAAACUGAACUCUCAAGAGUUUGAUCCUAAAACCACAUGAGAAAGCUGGGAGAGAUUUCCUCAACCCAUUUUUGAAGUGUCCUAAACCCAACCUUUCAGUCAUAGCCUUGGCAUGUUUUACUUGAAUCACCCCAUCAUACCAUGGUAUGUGUUGGAAGGGACCUCUGGAGAUCAUCUAGUCCAGCUUCUUUGCUAAAGCAAGAUCACCUACAUCAGAUUACACAAGAUCACAGCCAGGCAGGUUUUGAAUAUCUCCAGACAAGGAGACUCCACCGAAUCACGGAACUGUCAGGGCUUGAAGGGACCUCAAGGAUCAUUUAGCUCCAAUCACCCUGCCAUGGGCAGGGGCACCUCACACUGGAUCAGGUUGCUCAGAGCCCCAUCCAGCCUCGCCUUAAAAACUUCCAGGGAUGGGACUUCCACCAUAUUUUCCAUGACCCUUGCAUAGCAGGAUGCUGUUUUCUAAGGUUGGAGAGAUGUAGAACCACCCAGUUACUUCAUGUCACCGAGAUACCAGUUACAUACUGGGUCAAAUUUAAGUCAAAGCCCAGAAGAUUCUGUAAAAACUUAGGCAAGCAAGCCAAGUUAGUGUUAGACUCUAAUUGAAGUGCACACAUUAGGAGCUUCAUUGCCUCAACCCCUUCAGCUCACGGAGAAGAGAAGCUCUAGAAGGUGUGUGCAGAAUCAGAUUCAGAAUCAGAAUCAUAAAAACAGGUUGGAAGAGACCUCCAAGAUCAUCCAGUCCAACCUAGCACCCAGCCCUAUCCAGUCAACUAGACCAUGGCACCAAGUGCCUCAUCCAGUCUUCUCUUGAACACGUCCAGGGACAGUGACUCCACCACCUCCCUGGACAGCCCAUUCCAAUGGCAAAUCACUGUCUCUGGGAAGAACUUCCUCCUGACAUCCAGCCUAGGCCUCCCCCAGCACAAUUUGAACCUGUGACCCCUUGUUCUGUUGCUGGUUACCUGGCAGAAGAGACCAACUCCCACUUGGCUACAGCCUCCCUUCAGGUAGCUGUAGACAGCAAUGAGGUCACCCCUGAGCCUCCUCUUCUCCAGGCUUUUAGCUCCCAGCAACCCCAGCUCCCUCAGCCCCUCCUCACAGGGUUUCUGUUCCAGGCCCUUCACCAGCCUUGUCGCCCUAAAUCAGCAUCAGAGGUACCUUUCUGGCUCUGCUGGAACAGGAUGUCAGCAUGAACCUUCCAACAGGAUGAAUGCAGCCUUGCAGGCAGUGCUGGGACAUCUCUGCUAGAGCCUGCAAGUAUCAAAUCCUGCAGGACCAAGAGCAGAAGUGUCCAACAUCUGGAAGAACAGCAGAGUGCCCUGAAAAAGGCUCUGGUCCAGUGCCUCAUGAGCUCCUUGUUUGUGCUGUAUGAAACGCUGGGGGCAUUUGUGUUCACAUGCAGCUGGUCACCACGUUUAAUGAGAACAGUUGACAUCAUUGUGUUUAGUUCCACUGCUGUUUGUACAGUCUAAUAAAAUGUUGUGUACAAUUGGAAA